AUGGCAGAAAACGAAAAUAGGGAAACUCCCAACCCUCCACCUCCACCUCCACCACCUAUUCCAAGCAAACCUUCACCAAAUUGGCAAGGCAACCAAAACCUAAGACCCAACAGAAGCCCCUACAGAAGACUUUCGGAGGAAGCCGAUGUUCUAGUGCCGAGACCAAGCAUACUUUUACCUCAACUUCAAGACAAAGAAAAGAAAUUUUUCGAACUGGUGGCCUCGGGUGACGUCAUAUCUGUAAAGGAAUUCCUAGAGACUAAUCGAGACAUAAAUAUUAACUGCACCAAUUUCCAAGGGGUGACCGCCCUCCUCAUUGCGGUACAGUCCCAUGCAGAUCCAAUGGUGGAAUUUUUGCUCACCCAACAAGGAAUAGAUAUAGGGGAUUGCGUUUUACAUGCGGUCAAGGAUAACCAACCGAUUAUAUUGAUACAAAUUUUGGACAAACUUAACGAAACGGCUCCUAGUUUAGAAUUUGUAGGGGCGACCCACAGCUCAGAUUUUCCCGAUUACGUUACGCCUCUUAUCCUAGCAGCUCAAUGCGGUCACUAUGAGAUCAUCAAAAUGCUUAUCGAAAGAGGGCACACCAUCAGCAAACCACACCCUCCUACUUGUAGGUGUUCAGACUGCACGGUACAGCUGGAACACGAUGAUCUUUUACACGCGGAGAGCCUCAAGUUAAACCUUUACCGGGCAGUUUGCAACCCGGCUUAUAUUUGUUAUUCAACGCACGAUCCCAUCUUAGCUGCGUUUCACUUAUCCGAGGAGCUGAAACAGUGCUCAUUUUUGGUGCCAGAAUUCAGACUGGCUUACGCAGAACUGGCUGCUGAAGUUAGCAAUUUCGCAGUCGACUUAAUUGCUUGCUGUAGAAGCACCAACGAGAUGGAACUGAUACUGUCGCAAAGCGCAGGAAUGAAAUCGGCCAAACUAUUCGUAUUUCCAAGAUUAGUCUUGGCAAUGGACACUAAACAGAAGACGUUUGUGGCCCACCCGAAUACACAACAAAUUGUGGAGGCCGCUUGGUGCGGCGAUUGGCAUGAUUACAAGAUAAAACCGUUCACCUUCAAACUCCUCUACCCUUUCCUUCGAAUCAUCGUUCUGCCUGUAAUAACAUUGAUGAAUUUAAUAACACCAAACCAUUCUCUUGUGAAACACUGGAGCACACCUCGAAAUAAAAUGAUCAGUCACAUAGCUGCAUACAUUAUAUUUUUACUGUUGAUAUUCUUUGAGUCCAACUUGGAUAAAACUGGACAGAAGAGAAAACCGCCGAAUUCAGGAUUGGAACCGGUGAUUAUGGUGUUUGUAGCAGGAAACGUUUGGAGUGUUAUAAGGAUGCUCAUACUUCAAGGCCCAUCCAGAUAUCUGAAAAAACUUUGGAAUUGGCACGAUAUAAUAUCCAACUUCCUAUUCGUGUUGACGUUCCUCUUUUGGCUGGCCUCUUACUUCGAUGCCGUCCAUAACGAUCAAGUUGAUUUGGAAAGAAAAUAUUGGCACCAAUUGGAUCCGUUGCUGAUUGCUGAAGGAUGCUUUGCCAUUGCUACCAUAAUGGCAUUCUUCAGGUUAAUUUUCUUUUGUAGAUUAAAUUAUUAUAUGGGUCCUUUACAGAUAUCUUUGGGUAAAAUGUGUGCGGACCUAGCAAAGUACAUAAUUGUGUUUGUUAUAGUCAUUUUAUCGUUCUCAGCGGGACUAUGCAGGUUUUAUCAGCCGUACGACGGGAUGAUUCAGGUAGACAGUGACAUAAAAACUCAACAAGUCUCCUCUUUCAUCAAUUUUUCUACUACCUUAAAAACUUUCUUCUGGGCCAUAUUCUGCAUGUCUCCCUUGGAAUCAGCUGACGUUGUAAUAGAGAAUUUGCCAGGAGACACCCCUACUUCCACUAUCAUAAAUACUCACGAGUUCACCGAAGCCGUUGGCUACAUAGCUUUCGCCCUGUUUGAGGUGCUCAUAGUCGUAAUGAUUCUCAACAUGCUCAUUGCUACGAUGUCGGCUACAUUCCAAAGGGUCAUAGAUAAUCUGGACGUAGAAUGGACAUUUGGCAAGACUGAUUUUUACAUCGAGUAUAUGCUGCAGUCCACAACCCCUUCGCCCCUAAAUCUCAUACCCACACCAGGAGGGAUAAGCAGUUUCAUGGAGCUGUUGCAGGGACCUAAGGUUGCAGGUAAACAAUCACCCCCACAGGCAUGCUGUGAAAAAACGACUACUACUUCUAAUAAUGCUCCAGAUAAGAAAAUGUCCGAAUUAGAAUAUCCCGCUCUUAUGACCAUGUUGGUGCAGAGGUACUUUAGGGAAAAGGACACUGUGGUUGCGGCCGCCAGUGAGAUGGACAUUCUUAGACAAGAAAUCCAUGAACUAAAAGUUCUCUUGAGUAACAUCAUUGAAGAAAAAUAAGCUAUACUAUACAUUGUAUUAUUAAGUUUUAUUAAUAAAAAUACAUAAUUUUU